GCAACUUGCAUAUAUCCAGAAAAUAUGCCAGAGUGAACCAGAUGGACCGGGACUGGCAGCCCUAACAAGCAAUGAAAGGACAAAAUGGGCAGAGUUACGUCAAUAUUUGAUUGAGCUUGAUCCAAAGAACUUAACUCUUCUGGAAGAAAUUCAGAAAAGUUUGUUUGUGGUCAGCCUGGAUGAUGCUAGUCCCCAUGCAACUCCUGAAGACUAUUCUGAGGUUACAAGGCUGGGAAUAGCAGGUGAUCCGACUGUACGCUGGGGAGAUAAAUCCUACAAUAACAUAUUCUUUUCCAAUGGAACCUGUAGCGCAUUCUGUGAUCACGCUCCUUUUGAUGCCAUGGCCUUAAUUAGCAUGUUAUCUUAUAUUGAAAAGAAGAUUCUUGAAAAUGAGGGAAAAUGGAAGGGUUCGGAUAAAGUGAGGGAUAUUCCGUGGCCAGAGGAACUUGUAUUCACAGUGGAUCAAAAACUUAAAGAUGAAAUUGGACUUACGAAAGAAUUAUAUUAUAAAAAGGUAUCUGACUUGCAGCUAGUGAAUUAUGCCUUCACAUCCUUUGGCAAGGCAUUGAUUAAGAAGAAGAAACUUCAUCCUGAUACAUUUGUACAACUUGCCCUUCAGAUGGCUUUUUACAAAUGCCAUGGACGCCCUGGCUGCUGUUAUGAGACCGCCAUGACCAGGCGCUUCUAUCACGGCCGCACAGAGACCGUAAGAUCAUGCACUAUGGAAGCAGUGGAGUGGUGCAAGUCCAUGCUGGAUCCUUCUGACAGUACAUAUCAACGAAUACAGCUGAUGCAUAAGGCCUUUGCAAAGCACAACAAAAUGAGGAAAGAAUGUGAGAAUGGAAAAGGCUUUGAUCGUCAUCUUCUUGGUCUCCUCCUCAUAGCACAGGAGCAGGGACUGCCAGUGCCAGAACUUUAUGUGGAUAAGGCCUUCACAGCUAGUGGAGGAGGUGGGAAUUUUGUUCUUUCAACUAGUCUGACUGGCUACACUAAAUUCAAUGGAUCUGCGGUGCCUAUGGUACAACAUGGAUAUGGCUUUUUUUAUUCAAUCAGAGAUGACAGGAUCCUUGCUACCUGUUCCUCUUGGAAGUCGUGUCCGGAGACUGACGCGGAAGUGUUGUGCAGAACUGUGUUCCAGUGUUUUCAUGACAUGCUACAGUUAACAGUUGCAGCUCAGCUGUAA